AUGAUAGAUGGUUCUUUCCCUCUCACGAAAUGGUUCUCCGAAUUGAAAGUGGAUGCUCUGGAUCUCGAAAUGGAAGGGUUCAGCAUGCAACUCCCUCUGCAUUCAACUCAGUUGCCUGAAGGUAUUGAACCGUUGGAUGGUUCAUUUUGGCUGCUCGAUCGUCUCCCCCUUUUCCUAUGUAUGCCUCUUCGUUUUGCGGAGAUUAGCAAGUAUGGUCUUUUACAUGUUAGUUUUGGGUCCGUCGAAGGCAAAGGGGUUGAUUAUUCGGAGCGUUCUGUCAUUGUCGUUGGCCCCUCGCUUUCAUUACAUCGAUGUGGAUUGCCUCGUGAAAUAGCAAUAGAGCUUUUCCAGACAUUUCGUCUUCGCGGUCUACGCCGACAGCAUUUUGCUUCGAACAUAGGAGAAAUGCCUUAG